GGGGCCGCCGCUCUGCGCACCCAGCCUGCCGCGCGCUAGCGAGCCGCCGGGGAAGAUGGCGGAGAGGCUGGAAUGGGUGGAAAUCAUAGAGCCUCGAACCCGGGAGCGCAUGUACGCCAACCUCAUCACAGGGGAGUGUGUGUGGGAUCCGCCCGCUGGCGUCCGCAUAAAGCGCACCAACGAGAACCAGUGGUGGGAACUGUUUGACCCGAACACCUCACGGUUCUACUACUACAAUGCCACCACCCAGCGGACCGUGUGGCACCGGCCGCAGAAUUGUGACAUUAUCCCGCUGGCCAAGCUACAGACCCUGAAGCAGAACACCGAGUCGCCGAGGGCCUCCACAGAGAACAGCCCUGGGCGGAGCAGCAAUGUCAGCAGGGAGGGCAGCACCAGCUCCUCCCUGGAGCAGGAGCUGGAGGGCAGCGAGAAGGUGCAGGAUCAGACGAGGUCAAACCGUCAGUCAGCCCAGUUCGCUGUAGUGAAAGAAGAACCAGAAAGUUCUUCACCUCCCGGAGUGUUUGAGAAAGAAUAUGAAAUAUACCGGGAUUACAAUGCAGAAGGUCAACUUCUCCACUACAGGACGUCCUCCCUGCGAUGGAACACCGGCACCAAGGAGCGCAUGCUGAUCAAGGUGACGGACCGCGAGCCAAGCUUCCUCAUGCACCAGGGCAACGGCUACACCACCGACAACCAGCAGGGGACCCGCUCACGGAGGCCGUCAGGGGGCCAGCAGUCCCCGAACCUGCAGACGUUUGCCCCUGACACUGACAACUCCGUCUUCUUCCCUGAGAGGAAGCAGUCUCCCUUCUUGAAAAGGGCUGACCACGUGGGCAGCUGCUCCCCGCUGCUCGGUCGGGGGGAUUCAUUCUGCUCCCCGCUCCAGUCCCAGCACCGGAAGCAUUCGAGUGAGUCCCAGCCAUCUUCUCCUCGCUACGCCUACGAGCCCCCCUUGUACGAGGAGCCCCCCAUGGAGUACCAGGCCCCCAUCUAUGACGAGCCCCCGGUGGACAUGCAGUAUGAAGCCAGCGGCAACUACAAGGCGGGCUCCCCGCAGAAAUCGCCCAUCCGCAAACCCCACCCGUUCUUGCAGUCGCCCAAGCAAGGCCCCAACUCCCCCUACCAGCAGCUGGUGCUGACCAAACAGAAAUGCCCUGAGCGGUUCAUGAGUCUGGAGUACAGCCCUGCAGGCAAGGAGUAUGUAAGACAGCUGGUUUACGUGGAGCAGUCCGGUUCCAGCCCCAAGCUGAAAACGGGCCUGCGACACAAAUACUCCCCCAACCCCAUAGGUGGCUCGUACUCACUGCAACACAGCCCCUGCCUGGUGAGGGACCAGCGCCUGGAGAUCAAGUCUGGGGACUACAGCAGCAUGGAAGGGGCUGACUUCCGACACAGCCAGCCCGUGAGCCAGGCCUCCCAAGGGGAAGACUCCAUGUCAUGGUCCAGUCAGCAGGACACCAUGUCUUCUACAGGGUACUCACCGAGCACCAGGAAAAGGAAAAGCAGGAAGCCCUCCCUGUCCCACGACCCCAACACCUCCUCGACGGAUGGCUCGGGGGAUCGGGAGGCACUCAACGAGCAGCUGAUGGCAGAGGAGAGGCCCAUGCCCGGCACUUACAGGCCCCAGAUGAACCGCACAGAGAGCAAAUCCAUUGAGGCUGAGGCAGUGCGGGGUUUCCCGGAGCCCUUCCUGGCCCAGGCCCGGCUGGCAUGGGAGGCGCAGCAGGCUCACUACCACAUGAAGCAGCGGAGCAGCUGGGAUUCCCAGAAGGACGGCUCAGGCUAUGAGAGCGAUGGCGCCUUGCCUUUACCUAUGCCCGGCCCCGUGGUGCGGGCCUUCAGCGAGGAUGAGGCCCUGGCCCAGCAGGAGAGCAAGCACUGGAAGAGGAAUACCUUUGAGAAGUUGGGGUUCCCUCAGAUCCUGCUGGAGAAGAGUGUGUCUGUGCAGACCAACCUGGCUUCUCCAGAGCCCUACCUGCAUCCAUCUCAGUCGGAGGAUCUUGGUGCCUGUGCCCAGUUUGAGAGCAGCAGACAGAACAGAAAUAUGAUGCCUAGUGCCAGCUGUGUCUUCCCUACCUUCACCCUACGAAAGCCCUCCUCGGAGACGGACAUUGAGAACUGGGCCUCCAAGCACUUCAACAAGCACACCCAAGGGCUCUUCCGGAGGAAGGUCUCCAUUGCCAACAUGCUGGCCUGGAGCAGCGAGUCCAUCAAGAAGCCCAUGAUCAUGACCACUGACCGCAACGUCAAGAAGGAAGCCUGUGAGAUAUUUAAACUGAUUCAGAUGUACAUGGGGGACCGGCGGGCCAAGGCGGAUCAACUCAACGUGGCUUUGGAGAUCGCCACCAAGGGCUGGAGCAUGCAGGGUCUGAGGGACGAGCUGUACAUCCAGCUUUGCCGGCAGACCACUGAGAACUUCCGUUAUGAGAGUCUGGCACGGGGCUGGGAGCUAAUGGCUAUUUGCCUGGCCUUCUUCCCACCCACUCCCAAAUUCCAUUCCUACCUAGAAGGAUAUAUUUACCGGCACAUGGAUCCGGUGAAUGACACCAAAGUGACUCAGCACAUUAAAGAGCUCCUGGAAAGGAACAGUAAGAAGAAAUCCAAAUUGAGAAAGAAACCCAAGCCCUAUAUCGAAGAGCAUGAUGGGGUGGCAAUAAGCACUUACGCCAAGUACUGUUACAACAAGCUCCAGAAAGCAGCCUUGACAGGAGCAAAGAAGGGCCUGAAGAAGCCGAAUAUUGAGGAGAUCCGGCAUGCAAAGAACGCAGUGUUCAGCCCCUCCAUGUUCGGGAGCUCCCUGCAGGAGAUCAUGAACAUGCAGAAGGAGAGGUACCCGGAUCGGCAGCUCCCCUGGGUGCAAACCAGACUGUCUGAAGAAGUGCUGGCGCUGAAUGGAGACCAGACCGAGGGGAUCUUCAGAGUGCCUGGAGAUAUCGAUGAGGUCAACGCCCUCAAGCUGCAGGUCGAUCAGUGGAAAAUCCCCACCGGCUUGGAAGACCCUCAUGUUCCUGCGUCGUUGCUGAAGCUCUGGUACCGGGAGCUGGAGGAGCCGCUGAUUCCCCACGAGUUCUACGAACAGUGCAUCACCCACUACGAGAAUCCAGAGGCAGCCAUCGCAGUCAUCCACUCCUUGCCCAGGAUCAACAAAAUGGUGCUCUGCUACCUCAUCCGCUUCCUACAGGUGUUCGUGCAGCCGGCUAACGUGGCGGUCACCAAGAUGGACGUCAAUAACCUGGCCAUGGUGAUGGCCCCCAACUGCCUGCGCUGCCAGUCCGACGACCCGCGCAUCAUCUUCGAGAACACCAGGAAGGAAAUGUCCUUCAUCCGGGUGCUGAUCCAGCACCUGGACACCGGCUUCAUGGAGGGGGUCCUAUAGCGGCGAGCAGGGGGAGGCGCCCAAACCAAAUCUGACGACGACCACGACCCACCCAACCCCCAGGUCAAUCAGCCGACAAGUGCGAGCCAGACACCGCCAAGGGAAGGACUGGGCAGCCCUGGGCAGGGCCUCUCGUCCCCGUCACACCAUGUCCCCAGCGCCAUGUCGACCUGGCCUAGUCCCGCCUCUCUCGCCCCAGCAUCUCUCGUCAUCCUUUGCCCUCCGGUGUCAUACAGGAAGUGGUGGCGGGAUCCCGCCAGUGCUCCUGGCCAAACGACAGCCGCCCUCCCCUGAACCAGACCUCUGGAGAUGUCGCUGCCCAUUCCCCCAGCCAAGCCGCCGUGGGGCAGCCUGCAGGGUUAGCCUGGCAUGGCGGCCCCCUGCAGGUGAGGCUUGGGAGUCCUGCCCGGCGUCCUGGGCCUGCAGCCACUGUGGGGAUGUGGGAUGCCGGGCCUUGCCCCCGCGCUCUCGCAAACAGGCGUCCAGGAGAGCCACUCCCAGCACGGGCUGCAGCUGCCACGUGCUUCCUAGGGGAGGGGGGCGUUUAAGAUGGCAGCGUGGAUGGAGGGGGAGAUCAGAAUAAGUCAGCGAGCAUCACCAAUGCUCCUGCCCUGGGGCCAGCGCUGGCUGGGAGGGUGGGUAGGACAGUCUCCAGGCAGGGACCGCAGAGUGGGUAUUUGCAGCAGUCCCACCCAGCCUGGGAGCUAGGGGAUAUCUGGCGGGAACAUUCAUGUGGAAUAGGGUAUGGAUCUGUCUGGUAGGAUAAAACCCCUUGGUAGGAAGGGGUCUAAGCCCCAUGCCGGCCCCAUCAGCCCAGCCCCCCAGUGAGAAGAGGGACCCCUUUAUGGCAGGAGGAGGGGGCCAAAACCAACUCCAAGUUCUCAGGGCAAAGCUUGUGGUCAGGCGUCUCCAUGACCCAGAGCCAUUUGCAGCCGGUGAUGUCACUUCCCCUUCCUUUCCCCCUCUUCAUCAGCUGCUUGUAAGCCCAGAGCUGAUGGCAGCGUCUGUUGAGAGGGGCUGGGAGGGCGGGUUGUCAACUGAGCAGUGAUUGAUUCUCAAACCCUGAGACCUACCAGCCCUUUCUAGACAGGAUCUCUACGCCUUGAACGUAACCCCGCGCGGGGAGGCUCAGGGCAGGGCAGAAAGCUAUGACUGCAGCUGUUUUGUCCUGGUGUUCGAUUCACGCUCCCGGGUGCUGCCUGGGCUCCCGUUCCAGAGCAGGACAGCCAGGAGGGGCCGGGCUUCAUUUGCCAUUUGGGCUGCAGCUGGCGCAGGGUUCGGCUACGUCUCAGCAAACCCACAACCCGAGCUAGAAGGGGAUUGUCCCCGGCUUUUCCUGACUCCCCUCAGCAGUGAGCUGCUCCUAGAGCGGGCGACAGUGCUUAGCCCGAGCCGGCAGAGGGUGCGUGUCCCAUCGGCUCCACCUGCAGACGAUGGAUUAACCAUCAGCCGGGGAUAGAAGAAUGACCAUCCUGUGUAUGGGUAGGGCGAGUUCACUUCCUGGGUAUUUUGCCCAUGUGGCCCAUGCAUCAGCAAUAACUCCAUCGCUGAUUUCCAAGACAACAUCUGCUCGGUUUCUCAACCCAGACAAGGCUGGCGCUGGCCGGCGCUGCGUGCGGCAGGUCAGGCCCUGGCUCGCUGGGCCCCAGCGCCGUCAGCUCAGCCCUGCGGAGGAGAGUUGUUUUGAGCAGGGCGCCACUGGAAGAGUCGUGCUGUCGGGAGUGGGUGUGGAGAGUGCCAAGGAGCUGGUGUCACAGCAGCACCCGGCGUGCCAAACCCUUCCACUGUAGCAAUCUCCCGCCUGGGCCGUGUCAUGGCUGGAUUCUGCCGCAUCGGCCAAGGCAAGGAGGCUGCCGUGCUGAACCAUGGCAAAGAGCAAGGCCUUUAAAGCACUAUUGGUGGAAGUGCUGGCUCCUGAAGGCAGAGAGAGACCGAGGGGUUCUCUCCUGCUGCCAGACAAUGAAAAUUUGGGUCAAGCUUGUGAAAAUCCCACCUGGCAACACGUUCUGGAUGGCCCCUGGCAUCAGCCCCAGCGAGGCGUCGUGGGCUUCGGGAUCACCGGCUCGGAGGGCUCUGGGACCCAUGGCGGAGCUGAAGCCAUCAGCAGUGCCACUUUUCUCUCUUCCUUGCCCUCCGGAGGGUCUCCAAGGCUGAUGGCUGCCGUGGCUCUGUGGGAGCUGGGAGGCUGGUGGGAAACGGUUACAAUCCAGCUAGUUCCCUCCCCUCGAGGGGCUCUCCUUGGGACAGUCAGGACCGAUGCAGGCUGGACUCGGGUCUCUGAAAGUAGCUCUGGCGUCUCCGCCUCCCCAUCUGACAGGGACAAAAUCCCUUCUUGUCGAGCCGCCUGGCGAGUCUGAAAUGCCCACCUGAGCCCCAGCAUCUCCACGCUCCGGUGCCUUCUGCAGUCGGCCCCUUGCCCAGCU